AGCCAUUUUGUGGUGUCCCAGUAUAGUUGCGUGGUCUUCUUAAUUUUCGUCUAUUUUACAUGGAAGCAUUACUUUUUGUUAUGAUUUGAAAUCUAAUAUUGUAUUUUUAAUUUGAAAAGUUUGUUUACAAACUAUAACUAUGUCCGUGAUGGAACAAGAGGUGGAAAGCGGGUACAGAGUCGUUUGUUGUACCUGUUUGAGUACAGAUCGGAAUUUAAUUUCCAUAAAUGGCUUAGCUCCAGUGUAUCAAAUAUUUCGUCUGCUUAUGUACGAUUUUGCGGGAGACAGGUUUGACAACAGCCUGACUGAUAUGGAUCAGAUAAUCUGCUGGGAGUGCCUGGCAUUGAUGAAAAAGUUCAUUAGGUUCAAGCGCCAAGUGCACAGCGCACAGGAGCAUAUCCGGGUCCUUGCAUUGAGUGGCUCACAGGAGACCAUGGACCACACUUACAUGUCCCAAUCUCUCUCAAGCCUGGAGGUCACCACGAAGACUGAAUACGACAGUAUAUUCUUCGACUACACAACUCGGGACGAGUGGCCGCAGUAUAUAGCCAUCAGCUCUGCGCACAGUGUGAAGCAUGAGCAGUAUGAUGUGGCGCAGGCUGUUAGAGAGAAUAUCAAUUUGGAGAUGGAUGGACAUAUGCUGGAUGUACCAGAGAUAGUCCUAGAGAACGCGGUAACGGGCGUCAUGUCCCACAUCGUGGUCGGCACCGACGACAUGACGCGGAUCGAGACCUAUCGCAUGAAAGGGGAGCUCGAGGACCUUAACAUAGAAACAAUUCCAUCACAGCCGAAAAUCGAGGCAGUAAUCAUAUCAAAUCCAGUCAAGCCGAAAGAGGAGAAAACUGCAGCGCAGAAACUGAAAUACUUCACGGAGUUUAUGAGUGAGGCUGAAAUGCUUGCUUCAAGGGAGGAAGCGAAAGAAAAAGUACAAUAUGCGAGCUCGGUGUACAAAUGCGAACUGUGCAUUAUUGGGUUCUACACGCAGCAACAAGUUGAGGAUCACUUCGUGUCUGAUCACAGGGCCAAACCGGGUUAUUCCCCGUGCAAAGUGUGCUACAAAUACGUGGAAGAGUCCAAGCUCCAAUCCCACGUAGAGACACAUUACGUGCGCUACAUCUGCAAGCUGUGCGGGCACGGCACGCGGCUGCUGGCCGCCAUGCGCGCGCACCAGGACGCGCACACCGCCCGCCCGCCCGCCGCGCAGCUGCUCAUCGGCGGCUCCGGCCAGAGGAAGAGCCGCAAGAAAAAGGAGCCCCCUUCGAACCCGCCCAAGCCGGGGGACCUGCGCAAACUGCUGUCCAAGACCACCAUAGAGGGCUACCAGUGUCUCGAGUGCGACAUGUUCUUCAAAAAUUCCCGCGCUCGCAAGAACCACGUGGCCCGCUUCCACAGAGAAGGUCUGCAGUGCGACCACUGCAAGAAACGCUUCGUCAACCGGACCACGCUGGCAACACAUCUAAGACUGCACGAAGGCCCGCUGCCGAAAGAGGAAUGCCCGAUCUGCCACAAGAUGGUGCGCGUCAUACAGCUUAAGUACCACAUACAGAGGCACGAGAACAAGAGCAGAUACGAGUGUGUCGACUGCAAAAAGAUAUUCUCCCACCUGGCGACGUAUCAGGCUCACUUGAAAUACUCGCGAGCUCACGCAUCGGAUCAAGUCUUCAAAUUCCCGUGUCCCAUGUGCAACAAGGGCUACCCCACCAAGGAGGCGAUGCAGGACCACUUCAACUACCAGCACCUCGGGAAGACCGCUCACAAGUGCCCCGUCUGCGAUAAGCCCAUAGCAUCCCGUGCCAACGUGGAGAAGCAUAUGAUGCGAGUCCACGGCGAGAAGAAGGAGAAACCGAGGAACCACGUCUGUCAGAUAUGCAGGAAAGCUUUCACUGACAAAAAAGCAUUGAACCAACACGAAGUGAUCCACUCGGGCGCUCGGCCGCUGACCUGCGACCUGUGCCAGCAGAGCUUCAAGCAAAAGGCGUCGCUCUACACGCACCGCAAGCGCGUGCACAAGGUGUUCCCCGCCAAGAAACAGGUCGAGUUCAUGGCGAAGGACCAGUAGGACCUCAGGGGUCUGACCCUGUCGAGUUUGCCCUCAAAGUCAUAUAAGUAGUUCAUAUAAACCAAAGAGAAUUAAGAAGACCAAGAGUGCCCACUCCAUACAACGGUUUUGUUACCAAAAAUACUAUUAUUUUCGUAGUCUACAUCUAGCGUCAAGUAGCGGAACUCGCAGUACUGCUACUCGACAGUAGAUGUCGCGGCAAACAAAAAGUCUAAUAUUGUAACUAGAGAAACCGGAACUCAAUUAUUAACUUCUACGCUUACUCUGGUUACAAUAUUAGCUGAAAAUCUUUGAGCAUUAGAUUUUUUGUUUGCCGCGACAUCUGUUGUCGAGUAGCAGUACUGAGAGUACCGCUACUUGACGCUAGAUGUAGACUACGAAAAUAAUAGUAUUUUUGGUAACAAAACCGUUGUAUGGAGUGAGCACUCUUGAUCUUCUUAAUUCUCUUUGAUAUAAACGCUGUUAAAUAUUUAUCAUUCAAAAUUAUCACUUCGAAGUCAAUUCCACCAGCCAAAAUGAGGAAAUAAUUCAAUAUGGUGCACAAGGUCUUCCCCGCUAAGAAACGGGUCGAAUUCAUGGCUAAGGACCAGUAGGACCUCAGGGGUCUGGCCCUGUCAAGUUUGCCCUUAGUCACUAGUAGAUGAAACUCUGUUAAACAUUUAUUUAGUCAAUUCUACCAUCGAAAAUGAGGAAACAACUAAAUUUUUCUAUCUAAUAGGGAAUAUUACGCGAAACUCUGCAUAGGGGGCGCCACUGCCACAAUCUGAGGGUCUACCGCGAAACAAGAAAACCGAAAUUUCGUUAUCUAACCUCUCUAUCACUUGCAUAUUCGAGCGAUGAGGAGGCAGAUAACUACAUUUCAAUUUUCGCGUCUCCCGGUAGGCCCUUUGUAAACAAACCGCCUUGAUGCUGAGGCAUGUCAUAUUUUAUUAUCUGUGAAAACUUGUCAAAAAAACAGUUUAAGGCACAGCAUGUAUAAGUUACUCUAUGCAGGGCCGGAUUUAGGGGACGGCAACCGGGGCUACUGCCCCGGGCCUCCACAAAAGAGGGGCCCCCCACAAUAGAGAAUUCGGUAAAUUCACCAUUUCAUUUGAAUAAAAUUUGGGGCCAGGGGGCCUCCACUCCUUUAUUGCCCGAGGCCUCCAGACCUCUAAAUCCGGUAUUGACUCUAUGGUUUAUGAAAGGUGCUAGUGCUGCUCUCUGGCGGCAGAACAUUGCAGUAAUAUUAUUACUUAGUCUCUCUUGUGGAUAAAAUUUAACUUUCUCAUCAGUUUUUGAAGUAUCAAGAGACCCUUUACAAGCUGGUGUGGUAAAAAAAUAUAUUUAAAUCGACGGCCGAUCGUAAGAUCAGGCAGAUCGGUAUUUUCCCAGGCAUAUCGUAAAAUCUUUGUCACGUUCCCUUAUUUUUGCAUAGUUUGCCCCGCGGGCAUCUGAAGCUACCCAACGAACUUAUCCUACCUAUGUAUUGGUUUAAUGUGACUACCGUCAGCAUCACACAGGAACAUUACGAUCUGCCUGAUUUCACGAUCGGCCGCCGACAUAUACACGACCUUGUUAUCAGUGUCUCAGCUAGUAUAGUUCAAAGUCAUCCACGAUGACGCGCAGAUAUGUCAAAUCUCGCGAGUCAAGGCUCGCGUCUUCGUGAAUGGCACGAUCUAUAAAUAUUUAAAAUAUCGCAAAUCAUGUAACAAUAUUGAUAAUAAAUAUUCCUAGAGAUUUUCCUAGCACGUUGUCAUGUUGUUAGUGCUUGACAAAAUUAAAAACAUCGAAAAUCCUGUUAUCGAUAUCGAUAAGUAAGACUUCAAC